AGACUCAGAGGUGGGUGCCCGUGCAAAGGCCAUCGGAUCAAUGGCUCUGCCUGGUACCCUCGGAUUUGGGGUGCUGCUGGCCCUGCCAGGAGCACUGGCCUCUGGGUCAGGCCCAGAUGAUGGUGCGGGCUCCAAUGUGGUCACCAUCGUCCUGCUGCUCUUGCUCCUACUGCUGCUGGUCACUGGCCUAGCCUUGGCUUGGCGUCGCCUCAGCCAUGCCUCAGGGGGGUACUACCACCCAGCUCGCCUGGGUGCCAUGUUGUGGGGCCGCACUUGCCGCCUGCUCUGGGCCAGCCCUGCAGGCCGCUGGCUUCGAGCUCGCACUGAGCUGGGAUCCCCAGAAGAACCAGAGCCGCAGGAAGAUGAACAGGACGCAGAAGAUUUCAUGAUGGAUGGUGGCCCCGAGGGAGCUGAUGCCAAGGAAGAGGAGCAGCGCUGUGAGGCACAGCAGACCCCAGAUGUACAUGACACAGAUAGUGAGGGGGGCCUGGGCCUCAGCUCUCAGGGUCCUGUGGGCUCAGGCAGCAGUGCUGAGGCCCUUCUGAGUGACCUGCAUGCCUUUUCAGGCAGUGCUGCCUGGGAUGACAGUGCUGGGAGAGCCAGGGACCAGGGCCUUCGUGUCACCGCACUGUAGGAGUCAGCUUGUUCUCCGGUCCUGCCCCAGCCUGACUCUCUUCCCAUGCUGUCAUGGUGAGAUACAAACUGCCUUGGACCUUCAUCAUCAACCCUCACGUGAGCUCCUUAAACUGACAGUCCCACCAGUUCCCCGAAGUGUGUGCGCCCCAGAUAGACACUGGACAGGUGAUAUACCGAAAAUAAAACUUUGUAAGCAAUGA